UUUGUGUACAUGUAUGUUUCUGGGUUGGAGGCGGGUGUCUAGUGUACCAGGAAGUAGCUUAUUCCUUAAUGAACACGUUCAUAAAUACGCCCUAAUAUUACGGUAAUAUGCGAGUGGAGGGAGUUAUAGAUGAUGACAGUUUGAGAAUAGUUUGGAAUAAGGUGAAAGAAAACACAUAUAGAGUGCUAGCCCCUUCUGUUCCCAGCAAACGACAUGGUCCUCAUGUUAGACGAAACAGUCUUGAGUGCCAAACCGGUACUCCUCCCCAGUCGGUGCUAGUGCUUGGGAUUCCCCCGGGGGAAGGGAGACUGUUGGUUCAUUCCAGCUCUCGGUGUGGAGCACUCAGUCCUCCAGCUCUGAUCACUUUGCUGCCAUCUAGUCUGGGAACAGUUCUAUUGCUGGGGGAGGAGGCGUUCACGGUGCUUUGACCUACGAUGUACUGUAUAUCCUGACCCACUGCAUCAAACUGGGCUAGAACAGCUUCCCUCCUCCUCCCCGCCUCUGUGCACGGCGUCAUUGCAUUGGGAAGGACGCUCUGAACUGCUACUACACACACUGCUGUAACUUUGAAAGUGAAAGGAGAGAGAUUUGAACUGACAGCGAAGAGUGCAAAACAUGGCCUCCUCCCCUCCAGGAGACACGGACGGACUCUCGGAACAGACCGACACCAAUGCAAGCUACCUACGAGCCGCUCGCGCGGGCAACUUGGAGAAGGCACUUGACUAUAUCAAAGCUGGAGUUGACAUAAACAUCUGCAACCAGAAUGGGUUGAAUGCUCUUCACCUUGCUUCCAAGGAAGGUCACAUCGGGGUCGUUUCUGAACUGAUCCAGCUCGGUGCGAACGUUGACGCAGCGACCAAGAAAGGAAAUACUGCUCUCCAUAUCGCAUCCCUCGCUGGACAAGCUGAAGUUGUACACGUUCUUGUAACAAAUGGAGCGAACAUUAAUGCCCAAUCCCAGAAUGGCUUCACUCCUCUAUACAUGGCCGCACAGGAGAAUCAUCUAGAAGUUGUUAAGUUUCUUCUAGACAAUGGUGCAAGUCAGAGCAUUGCAACUGAGGAUGGCUUCACUCCAUUGGCUGUGGCGCUGCAGCAGGGUCAUGACCAGGUGGUCUCGCUGCUGCUGGAGAACGACACAAAGGGCAAGGUGCGCCUGCCAGCCCUGCACAUCGCUGCCCGCAAGGACGACACCAAAGCAGCUGCGCUGCUCCUGCAGAAUGACCACAACGCAGAUGUGGAGUCCAAGAUGAUGGUGAAUAGGACCACAGAGAGUGGUUUUACCCCGCUCCAUAUAGCUGCUCACUAUGGAAAUAUCAACAUUGCCACCCUGUUACUGAAUCGAGGUGCUGCUGUGGAUUUCACAGCCAGGAAUGACAUCACUCCACUUCACGUGGCCUCGAAGAGAGGGAAUGCCAACAUGGUCAAACUUCUUCUGGACCGAGGAUCCCAAAUUGAAGCCAAGACUAGGGAUGGCCUGACCCCCCUCCACUGUGCAGCAAGGAGCGGGCAUGAGCAGGUGGUGGAAAUGUUACUCGAUCGUGGAGCUCCAAUUCUUUCCAAGACAAAGAACGGGUUGUCCCCUCUGCACAUGGCCACGCAAGGAGACCACCUGCAUUCGGUGAAGCUGCUCCUCCUCCACGACGUGCCCGUUGAUGAUGUGACCAACGACUAUCUGACAGCACUGCACGUGGCCGCGCACUGCGGCCAUUACAAGGUGGCCAAGGUCCUGCUCGAGAAGAAGGCCAACCCCAAUGCCAAAGCACUGAAUGGUUUCACCCCGCUUCAUAUCGCAUGCAAGAAGAACAGGAUUAAAGUAAUGGAUCUGUUGUUGAAGUAUGGAGCGUCAAUACAGGCAGUCACUGAGUCUGGCCUCACGCCUAUACAUGUCGCUGCGUUCAUGGGACAUGCAAAUAUUGUGACACAAUUAAUGCAACGUGGAGCAUCACCAAAUACAACAAACGUGAGAGGGGAAACAGCCCUACAUAUGGCUGCCAGGGCAGGCCAAGCAGACGUGGUCCGUCAGCUCGUUCAGAAUGGAGCUCAGGUGGAGGCCAAAGCUAAGGAUGACCAGACUCCGUUGCAUAUUGCAUCACGCCUGGGCAAGGCUGACAUUGUGCAGCAGUUGUUGCAGCACGGCGCCUCUCCAGAUGCAGCGACUACCUCUGGAUACACCCCGCUGCACAUCUCAGCCAGGGAAGGUCACGAAGACGUGGCUUCGGUUCUCCUGGAGCAGGGUGCUUCGCUGUCUGUGAACACCAAGAAAGGAUUCACCCCACUCCACGUGGCUGCCAAAUACGGGAAAAUGGAGGUGGCCAACCUUUUGCUUCAGAAGUCUGCAUCUCCUAAUGCUUCUGGAAAGAGCGGCCUGACCCCACUGCACGUGGCAGCUCACUAUGACAACCAGAAAGUGGCCCUUCUGCUACUGGAUCAAGGAGCCUCCCCUCACACAACAGCAAAGAAUGGCUACACGCCCCUACACAUAGCCGCAAAGAAGAACCAGAUGGACAUUGCGACGACAUUGCUGGAAUAUGGCGCUGACACCAACACCGUGACCAAACAAGGCAUUACACCUGUGCACCUAGCUGCCCAGGAGGGCCACGUGGACAUGGUGUCCUUGCUCUUGACCCGCAAUGCAGAUGUAAACCUGGGAAACAAGAGUGGUCUGACACCUCUUCAUUUGGCUGCUCAAGAGGAUCGGGUGAAUGUUGCUGAAGUGCUGGUUAAUCAGGGAGCUGCUAUUGACCCACAGACCAAGAUGGGUUAUAUUCCACUGCACGUAGCGUGUCACUAUGGGAACGUGAAGAUGGUCAACUUUCUGUUGCAACAUAAUGCCAAAGUCAAUGCCAAGACAAAGAACGGGUACACCCCUCUCCACCAGGCAGCUCAGCAAGGACACACACAUAUCAUUAACAUCCUCCUGCAACACGGCGCCUCUCCGGAUGAAGUCACCAUGAAUGGGAAUACUGCUUUAGCCAUCGCUAAGAGGCUUGGUUAUAUCUCUGUGGUUGAUACGCUGAAAGUGGUUACUGAGGAAACCUUGACGACCACAAUGUCCGUAACAGAAAAGCAUAAACUAAAUGUUCCUGAAACAAUGAAUGAAGUUCUGGAUGUAUCUGAUGAUGAAGUUCAUAAAGCCAGUGUUCCUGAAUUUGUCAGUGAAGCUGAGUCUUUGUCAGAUGCUGAUGAAGGUGAUGAUGCGAUGACUGGCGACACAGAUAAAUACCUUGGCCCCCAGGAUCUGAAAGAAUUGGGAGAUGAUUCACUGCCUGUGGAAGGAAACAUGAGCUAUAUGGGUUUCAGCCUGGGAGCUCGAUCCGCAAGUCCUAAAAUCAGCCUUCGCUCCUUCAGUUCGGAUAGGUCAUACACGCUGAACCGGAGUCCGUACACAAGGGACAGCAUCCUGAUUGAAGAGAUGACAAAGGAGGCGCAGGGUUUCCAACCGGAACUUGCACCUUCCAUGGGGGGACCAGUAGUGAGCAACUCACUGAAGCACCUGGCGGUUUCUCGAGAAUACGACAGUGACUCUUUGAAGAGGUUCAGCUGGACGGCAGAUACUCUUGACAAUGUCAACCUGGUCUCCAGCCCCAUUCACUCCGGGUUUCUGGUCAGUUUCAUGGUGGAUGCCCGCGGCGGAUCCAUGCGAGGUAGCCGUCACAACGGAAUGCGCAUUGUCAUCCCGCCCCGCAAGUGUACCGCACCCACACGCAUCACUUGCCGCCUGGUGAAGAGACACAAACUGGCCAGCCCGCCCCCCAUGGUGGAGGGCGAAGGAUUGGCCAGUCGGCUGGUUGAAGUUGGACCAUCGGGUGCCCAGUUCUUGGGCCCAGUGAUUGUGGAGAUCCCACAUUUUGGGUCAAUGCGGGACAAAGAAAGGGAGCUUAUCGUGCUGCGAAGUGAAAAUGGAGAAGUCUGGAAGGAGCACCAAUAUGACUGUAAAGAACAGGAGCUCAAUGAGAUAUUGAAUGGCAUGGAUGAAGAACUCGACAGCGCUGAAGAGCUGGAGAAGAAGCGCAUCUGUCGGAUCAUCACCAAGGAUUUUCCGCAGUAUUUUGCCGUGGUGUCACGGAUAAAACAAGAAAGUAAUCAGAUGGGACCGGAAGGUGGAAUGUUGAGCAGCACGAACAUUCCUCUUGUUCAGGCAUCCUUCCCAGAGGGCGCGCUCACCAAGAGGAUCCGAGUGGGCCUCCAGGCUCAGCCAGUCCCAGACGAACUCGUCAAAAAGAUCCUUGGGAACCGAGCCACGUUUAGUCCGAUAGUGACUGUGGAACCCAGGAGAAGAAAAUUCCACAAACCUAUCACUAUGACAAUUCCAGUGCCGCCAACAUCAGGAGGUGAUGUUUCAAAUGGAUACAGAGGGGAAACACCAAGCCUCAGGCUGCUGUGUAGUAUAACAGGAGGUACAUCACCUGCUCAGUGGGAAGAGAUCACAGGAACUACACCAUUAACCUUUGUGAAUGAUGCUGUCUCCUUCACAACAAAUGUUUCAGCCAGAUUUUGGCUGGUCGACUGCCGUCAGGUGCCAGAGACGGUUAGCUUGGCCACUCAACUCUACAGGGAGUUAAUCUGUGUCCCGUACAUGGCCAAGUUUGUUGUAUUUGCCAAAAUGCACGACCCCGUGGAGGCCCGUCUACGUUGCUUCUGCAUGACGGAUGAUAAAGUCGAUAAAACGCUGGAGCAGCAGGAAAAUUUCACCGAAGUGGCUCGAAGCAAAGACAUCGAGGUCCUGGAAGGUAAACCCAUCUUUGUGGAUUGCUAUGGAAACCUGGUUCCCCUCGCCAAAGCAGGCCAGCAGCUGGUGUUCAACUUCUAUGCCUUCAAAGAGAAUCGGUUGCCCUUUGGUGUGAAGGUCCGAGACAACAGCCAGGAGCCAUGUGGCCGUCUGUCCUUCCUCAAGGAACCGAAAACAUCCAAAGGAUUACCACAGGCAGCAAUCUGUAAUCUGAACAUAACCCUGCCAGCUCACAAAAAAGAAACUGAAUCUGAUCCAGACGAAGAGGUCGAGAAAGCUUCAGAACAUCGUCAGUCUUUUGCAUCCAUGGCGUUGCGCAAGCGUUACAGCUAUCUAGCGGAACCCGGAAUGAAAAUUAUUGAACGGAGCACAGGAACCACCAGGUCUCUUCCGGCACCGUACUCCUAUAAGCCAGUCUUUUCCACAAGACCUUUUCAGUCCUGGGCAGCUGCUCCCAUUUCUGUAGCUGGAGCAGUGAAGUCCGGGAUUGCAUCUCUGUCGAAUUCGACAUCCAACACACCGACAGCGUCCCCGUUAAAGUCAGUCUGGUCUGUCUCCUCUUCUUCACCCAUCAAAUCAACCUUAGGAGCUUCCACAGCGUCCUCAGUCAGAUCCGUGAGCGAUUUAGCAUCUCCGAUCAGAUCGUUUAAGUCCGCACCUUCACCUAUCAAAACUGUAGUGACACAGACACAGUAUUCCAUGAAAUCCUCCUCAGCUUUGAACUCUUCACCUGUGAAGGCAUCGGCAGUGCCAGAAUCUCCGUCUGGGAAGGGAAUAGCCGCUUCGUUGUUUUCCUCACGGCUGUCGCCCGCGACGACGGCUGGAUUGCUGCUGGAGAGAUCCUCCAUCACCAUGACCCCACCGGCUUCACCUAAGGCUGCUUUUAACAUGUACGCGUCCACUUUGUCGUUCAAGACCACCGCCGCGCCCACGGUCCUGUCCACCUCCAUGAAAUCGCUGACCAGCUCGGGGUCAUCUCCCAUCAAGUCGGUCGCUGAGGCCGCGUUCUCACCUUUCAAAUCGGCCGUGCCGACCAACGGCCAGCCAGCCACCAAUGGGUCAGUGUCCCCCGUCAAGUAUCCCUCGGCAGCGGCCUUCUUCUCCAGUCAAGGGGCUGGCACUAUGCCUGAGAAAGCGCCAGGCGCCGUGCUGGCUGCCAAAUCUGUCGCCGCUGCGCAGGAUGUGGCAGAGAAAGCCCAUCAAGCCACCACCACCGUCUCCUUCUCCCCUCUUAAAUCCCUGGCGCCCGCCACAGCGUCGGCUUUUCAGACGAUCCGGUUACCACCCGCGGGGUCCUUGUAUUCCACGUUGAGAUCUUCGUCCGCCACCACCACGUCUGUGACGUCAUCGACCAUGACCGUACCGGUGUACUCUGUUGUGAACGUGCUGUCGGAGCCACAGCUAAAGAGACUCCCAGACACCAGCCCCUUGACCAAGUCAGCGGCCGCCUUGUUAUCGCCAAUAAAAUCACUGACCACGGAAUCACGCACGCAACCUCAGUCUCAGUUUACCCGGACUUUGUCCCCCCUGAAAUCCUCCUUGUUUCUAACCCCCUCGGCCCUGAAACUAGCUCCCGCCUCCACUUUGUCCUCGAGUCAGGAAAUUCUGAAAGAUGUCGCCGAGAUGAAAGAAGACCUGAUGAAGAUGACGGCCAUCUUGCAAACAGAUGUCUCGAGCGACAAGGCCUUCUCGGAGGUGUCCGCCAAAGGAGGGAGGAGCGAAGAUGAGAGCGAAGAACCUUUCAAGCUGGUGGAAAAGGUGAAGGAAGACUUGGUGAAAGUCAGCGAGAUCCUGCAGAAGGACGGCCUGAGUGAGACUAAACAUGGCAUCAAAGGAGCUCAGACGAACGGCGAUCUCUCGGGGGAUGGCGAAUGGGUUACAUUCGAUUAUGAUGAUGCCGAGGAAGCAAAGCAAAGGGCCAGCGAGGAAUUGGGUGCCUAUGUGCACAUGAAAACUAAGAACGGGGGUGAGAAGGACUUCAGUUUGGCAAGAGUUGUCGACUAUUUGACAAACGAUCUCGGGAUUGAUACUUUCAGCAAGAUGGCCGACAAAUAUCGCCAAACUGACAUCAGAAAGGAAGGGGAAGAAAAGAUGUUCUCCAGAAGGGCUCAGAAGCCAGCAAUGCCUCUGCCUGAGCAUAAACUUAAAAUGCCUCCAUCUCCCAUUCGGCCCUCUGCUUCAGAGAAGGAGCUGAGUAAACUUGCAGAUGCAAUGAUGGUGACUGAAGCCAUCCUGGAGUCACCAGAUGACUUCUCGCAGCAUGAUCAAGAUAAGAGUCCUCUGUCAGACAGCGGGUUUGAGACCAGGAGUGAAAAGACGCCCUCCGCCCCUCAGAGUGCGGAGAGCACCGGGCCCAAGCCUCUGUUCCACGAUGUUCCUAUCCCUCCCGUUAUAACGGAGACGCGGACCGAAGUGGUGCGUGUCAUCAGGAGCUAUGAGCCUGACGAAACACAGGAGCCCAAAGUGGACGGACUGCCUCCGUCACAAAGCCCGGAGGUGUUCCCACAGAUGGAAGAGAAGCCAAUUGGCUCCAUCAAGGAAAAGGUGAAGGCUUUCCAAACUAAAAUACAACUAGACGACGAAGACAGUAAAGGCUUGCGAGCCAAGGAGGUUCAUGUGAAAGAAGAGACACACAUCACCACCACCACUCGGAUGGUUUAUCACUCACCACCCAGCCCUGAGAGCAAAACCAGCGAAAGGAUAGAGGAGACAAUGUCCGUUCGUGAUAUCAUGAAGGCCUUUCAGUCAGGCCGUGACCCUUCUAAAGAAUUGGCCGGUCUAUUUGAGCACAAGUCGGCAGUCCCUUCAGAAAGCAGUAAGCCUGGGGAGGCGCCCAUGAUGUACCUCGAUAAAGACUCCAAUCUGAAGCCGAAAGUGGAAAGGAUCAUCGAGUUGCACAUUGAGAAAGGGAACAAAGUGGACCCGACGGAGGUCAUUGUCAGAGAGACAAAAUCCCAGCCGGAGAGGGAGCUGUUUGCUUAUCAGAAAGAUGGCGAAGCGAGGGAGACCAAGUUUGAGAUCUGUCCGGACGAGCAGGGGCAGCAAGAGGAAGAGGAGCUGACCGCGGAAGAAUCCCUUCCCUCCUACAUGGAAUCCUCGAGGGUGAACACACCCGUCUCCCAGGACGACGACAGCCGGCCCAGCUCAGCACAGCUGGUCUCUGAUGACUCGUAUAAAACCCUGAAGCUCCUCACGCAGCACUCCGUCGAGUACCACGACGAUGAGUUCUCGGAGCUGAGAGGGGAGUCCUACAGGUUUGCGGAGAAAAUGCUCCUUUCCGAGAAGAUGGACAUCUCGCACUCGGACACCGAGGAGUCAGUCACCGAGCAACCUCAGCUCCUCGGUGCCGAGGCGGGGCCGGCUGGCCAUUACAGAAGGAAGAGCGAUUCUGCGCCAGAGGAGAGUGAGGUCGCCAAGCUUCGCGGAGUGGUCUCUGCAAGCACGGGCAAAGGUGGCAGCCAGGAGGAGGCCUACGAGAAGGUCGCACUGCUCCACUACCCGCCAGAGCCCGGCAGCCCCAAGCACACCGUGUGGAUGCGGUUCACCGAGGACAGGCCCAACGGCGGACGGGAAAAGCUGACCUACGAGGACUGGGUGGACAGGACGGUGAAGGAAGCCGAGGAAAAGCUGACCGAGGUGUCUCAGUUCUUCCGGGACAAGACGGAGAAGUUGAACGACGAGCUGCAGUCGCCGGAGAAGAAGCCGCGCGGGAGGGACGGGACGCGGCCGGCGCCCUGUUCCACCGGCGGCAGCGCCGAGAAACUCCGGCUUGGCGACUUCCCGCUAGGCGGCGAGGGGAGCCCAGAGAAACAGAGCGACCGCUCCUUCCGCAGGUACUCGGUGCGGGAGGAAGAGAAGAGGGCGGCGGAGCUGCUGGCGUCCUGCCCACAGGCGGCGCUCAGCGGCCCUUUGGAGGGCGCAAGAGAGAAAACGAGGCAGGGCGAGGAUCCGUCACCACUGGUGACCCAUUGCAAACAGAUCAGGACCCGCCCCUUGCCGAGAAACGGCGAGUCCCCGCGGUACCCCGAGCAGACCGAGCAAGGUGACGGAAAGUGCCGGAAGUUUCCCGGGCCUCAUGCUUCCGGCAGUGACGACGAGGGUGGAGGAAGAGCAAGCCUCCUCGAAAAGAAACUGCCAGAAGGGCCGCAGAGCCUGCCCCUGAAGAGAGGGCGGGAGAGCAAGCUGCCCGUCUACCAGUCUUCUUUGAGAGACGGCAAUCACAAGAUGGCUGCCGAGGGGGCUAUCUCAACAAUAAAGGAGGCCUACGCCAAUAAGCUGAAAGACCUUGGCUGCUUCAACGUGGGCACCGAAUCAGCGCUGUCAACCCUUCAGAAGGCGAUGGACGCUGUGCCAAACGUUCCCCAACUUCCGGCCACUGCUCCCAAGCCGUUGACGUUCGGCAUAAAAGGCACGGUACGGUCACCUGAGAAAGAGGCACCUUUGAGUAAAGACCCUGCAUCCCAGGUCAGACCUGAGAAAGAGAGGACGGUUGUUUAUCGGACUUGGGAGAACUGUGGAAAUUCCCACCACAAAUUGCACCGGGACAAGCUUACACACGUGCUGGUGCAUGAUAGCCUGAAGGAAAACGACAUUGUCCAGGCGGAAUUUAACAUCAACGGACACGUACUGGAGAAGGAGCUACUGGCAAGUAACAGGCCUCCAGUAAAAGAAGAGGCUGUGGCGCCGUCUCCUUCCAAGAAAAUGGUUUACACGGAGCUCGUCAAGAGAGAGGAGGGUGAUCGUACCAGUGAGCAGACAAGAGGAAAAGCUGUGAGAAAGGAGAGCUCUGGCCUGUCACAGAUCCCUGUCAGAAUCUCAGAGGAAAAGUCCAAACUGGGAGUCAAGAUGGCCGAAUGCAACGGUGAUCUGGUGAAAUCCCACAAGACCGAGCCGCUCACCGGCGUGUCCAGCAUGACCCUUGGUCGGACCAAGAAAGGGAAGCAGCUUUCCGAAGUAGUGGACACCGGCAUUCCGACUCCUGGCUACGGCGAUCGCACGGACGCAGACGGCAGUCGGGAGGAUCUGGAAACCUCCCCGGUCAAGUCGCCCGACUCUCUGGAGUUCAGUCCGGUUAAAGAUGCGGCGUUGAGCGAAUUCUUCGACCGGAGUCCGGUCGAGUAUUUGGAGAAGGUGGCGCCGCUGGCCAGCAUCGAAGGGUUUAAGGAGAUAAAGGCGUUGCCGGUAUACGUCAGUGUCGUGCAGAUGGGCAAGCAGUACGAGAGGGAAACGGCGGGCCCACACCAAGGAGCUUUCAAAAGGACCAUCAGUCAGGAGAGCAGGACGGUGCAGGAGACUCGCGGCACCUUCUACACUGUCCGCCAGCACAAGCAGCCAACUUCGUCCCCUCAGGGCAGCCCCGAAGAUGACACCUUGGAGCAAGUCUCGCUCAUCGAAAGUUCCGGCAAGAGCCCCCUCACCCCGGAAACCCCCAGCUCCGAGGAGGUCAGCUACGAGCUCUCGUCCCAGCUGCCGACGGCGCUCGGGAAGCCAAGCCCCAUCCCUGAGGUGUCCGAAGAGUCGGAAGAGGAAGAGGCGGCGCCCUGGCCCGGGAAGGCGGGCGGGCGGGAGAAGCGGCCGAAGGAGAACCGGGUGGCAUACAUCGAGUUCCCGCCACCCCCGCCCAUCAACGCCCUGGACAGCGAGGCACCUGGGAAAGGGGAGAGCCGAGGGACUAGCCGAGAGCGGAGGAGAGGAGGCUCCGAGGAAAGGCUGGAGGCCAUCGAGCUGAACCUGCAGGAGGAGCACGAUCAGCACCUCCUGAAGGAGCCUGUCAUCCGGGUGCAGCCCCCCUCACCCACCCCCCCGGGGGCUGACGACAGUGACUCCAGCAGCGACGAGUCCAUCUUCCAGCCAGCGCCGCUCAAGAAAUACACCUUCAAGCUGCAUGAGGAGAGUCUGGGGGGCACCACCCCCUCCCAGCAACAGGACGACGCCUUCGCCCUGGACCCUCCCCUGGAGAAUGACGCCAUCGCCAACGGCAACAACGACCAGUCGGUGACCGAGUGCUCCAUCGCCACCACUGCCGAGUUCUCCCAUGACACCGACGCCACAGAGGUGGACUCCCUGGACGGAUAUGACCUGCAGGACGAAGACGAUGGCUUCCCGGACGAUGCUGACUCUAAGUCCUUGACUCAGGGGAUAGAAACGAAGAUGGAUGUUUGGGUCACUGAAGGGAUUGUGAAGCAGGGGGAUCGUUCCUAUAGCCAGGGUAAACUUGCAGUGAUUGAGGAAGAAGGGAAGGUAGGCGCUGAAGAAGAUGCCCCCUUGCAGUCUAAAACCUCUGAAAAGAAAGGCGAAGGGCAAACUGAUGGUAAACCAGGACCUGAGAUCUUCACUUUGGAAGGCAGGCAUCCUGACAGAACUCGGUUUAAUGAUACGUAUUUUAGUUACAAACUAGAGGAAGAAUUUGCAACCCCGUUUAAAACUGUUGCCACCAAAGGCCUUGACUUUGAUCCAUGGUCUAAUGGCCAAGGGGACGAUGAAGUCUUUGACGCUAGGUUAAGAGAGGAUGAGCAAAAAGCCUUUGGCUUAGCAGUAGAGGACAGGUCCCAAGCAACAACACCAGAUACAACCCCAGCCAGAACCCCAACAGAUGAGAGCACGCCAACUAGUGAGCCUAACCCCUUCCCAUUUCAUGAGGGGAAGAUGUUUGAGAUGACUCGCAGUGGUGCAAUUGACAUGAGCAAGAGGGAUUUUGUUGAAGAAAGGCUCCAAUUUUUCCAAAUUGGUGAGCAUACUGCUGAAGGGAAGUCAGGGGACAAGGGGGAGAGGGUUAAAAACACACUUGUAGUCACAACACUGCUUCAGUCAGGGGACAACACAUCUGAAGUGUCAGUAGAUCCACCACAUGUUAAGCAUGAGAGAGCCCAGGCUAGCGGAGAAGGCCUGGAAAUUGCAUCCACUGACAACGCAGCAGAAAAAUCCUCGUCGGCCAUCGCUGCUAAAAUUGAUCCUAAAUUACGCACGCCAAUUAAAAUGGGAAUCUCCGCUUCUACAAUGACGAUGAAGAAAGAUGCGGGUGCAGCUGAGUUGGUCGAAGUUAAAGCUGAUGCCGUGCUGUUAGAUUAUCAGGUCGCAGAACGUACAGUCUUAGAGAGUGAGACCAGGGUGAUGAGUCAGGAAAGUGGCAAACUAAGCGAUUUGCCAAUGAGUAACUGUAACGGCCAACUAGAUUUCCCAGCCCCAGGUACCGACUGCAGUCAGAUUAAGGGUCAGUCUGAGGGUGAACUCAAAAUUGAAUCAGCUGCCGCAACAAAUGAGAGCGAUCCAGGCCCAUUGGCAACCCCACCCAGUGAAGUAGCAAAAUUAGAUAGGCGACCCACGGAGCCAGUAAAAAAGCCUAAAUCGAGACUACCAGUUAAAACGUCCAUGCCUCCAUCUCAGAAAGAGCAGAAGUCAGCAGCAUGCACAACGAAACAGCCUAGGACGAGUGAGUUAAAGGGAAAAGCAGAUCCAGCCAAGUGUAUUGAGGCAAAAUCUAGACUUCCCGUUAAAAAUAUUGACAAAACUAAUUCGCCCUCAGCGGCAAGUUCCCAAAGCAGUUCAGGGCGAGGCGAGAAAGGGAAGUCGAGGCAGUUUUAUUCCAGAUUACCAGUCAAGGUAAGAUCGAGCACAGCCACCGUUAAACCAGUUAGAGCAGGGAAGGAGCAGUUGAGUGAGGUCUGUAAGCAUUCAGUUGAAUAUUUGAAAGGGCUUAGCGGUGAGACGUUAAGACUUGUGGAUCGACUUGCCGAUGAAGAGAGAAAAGUGCAGGCAGAGAUCUUUGGUGAUGAAGACAGCACGUCAAGAAAUGCAUCCCUAUCGGAGGCCGGCCAACCUUCCGUUACAUCGCGGUCUCCUAGAGAUUUGAGACCGGAGGCAGCACCUUUAAAAUCAAAGGUUGAAAAGGUCUACAGUGAGACAAGGAACAGUAGAAGGACUGGUGGGGAGGAAAGCAGUCAGGUUUCUGGGCCUCGCGUGGCUCGCACCGCGGAGAUCAAGCCUAGUCCUCAGAGCCCAUGUGAACGGACAGAUAUACGGACAGCCAUUGUAGCAGAUCAUCUUGGGUUGAGUUGGACAGAAUUGGCGAGAGAAUUGAACUUCUCUGUUGACGAUAUUAAUCAGAUUCGGGUUGAAAAUCCGAAUUCGUUGACCACUCAGAGCUUCAUAUUGUUAAAGAAGUGGGUCCUUCGAGAUGGAAAAGAUGCAACAACCGAUGCCUUAAGCAGGGUCCUCAAAAAAAUUAACCGGAUGGACAUUGUGACCCUACUGGAAGGACCAAUAUUUGACUAUGGGAACGUGUCAGGCACGAGGAGCUUUGCCGAUGAUAGCUGCGUGUUCUUGGAUCAGUCGGAUGGUUACCCAUCCAUUCAAAAGGAGCUGCUGACACCCGCUGGAUUGUGCUAUAUGCCACCCACCCCUCUCCGAUGUGACGAUUAUUUUAGUAAUUUUUCUAGUGUAGGAUCGUCCCCCACAACUCCCUGCGAACCAAUCCUGUGUCCAAAAGCAGCUGCGCCUUUUGUAGACGCCGAGGACACAGCACUAGAUGCCAAUGGCACUGAUCGCUCUGUGCCAUGCCAGGUGAUGGGGGAAGGGGUCACUUCGCAGCAGAAGCAGGCGAAUGAGACGGCUGGCAGCCAGCGUGAGACUGGGCAUCCAAACACCGAGAACAGCGUUGCUCAACCUUGCAGUAAAACGCAGCAGGAGGAGCACAAUCAGUCACUGGAGGACGAAAGCACGGCCAGGCAAAGGGCAUCUUCCAGCCAAGUUCAGCCAGAGGAAAGGGGUGACUCUGAGGAGUUUGCCGAGUUCUCAUUGAAAGGCCUGGACUUUGUUCAGCCAGGUGAAGGUUCAGGUGACGAGGAGGUGACAAAGGAAGAAGACCAGAAUCUUCCCCAUGCUCAGAAUUCCCAGAACAAAUUUUUUGCAGUUCCAGGUUGGCAUAGUGACACAUCCAGUGUUGACGUGGAGCCACCAACCCCGAGACGCUGUAACCUGAGCACUGACAAUCUGGAUGAAGACGAUGGCAACCUCCAAGAACAACGAAUCAAGAAUGAUUUGGCUGCGUCCGUGAUGUUUCACAUGAAAGGACAGGUUCUAAAGCCUAAGGAAAAUGGCGACCACGAUGCACAUAGGUUGGACCGUCAGAGAGAGUCAGGCCAUGCUACAGCGGGGCCUUUGAUUCACGAGGUGGCCAACGAUCUGCCCGUAAUGACACAAGACAGGAAAACACUAAAUGGAAAGGUCCAGAAGCGUUCGGUGCUAAUCACAGAACAGACAGAGCCGGCGACGGAAUUGCAGAAAGACCUGGCAGAGACAAGGCGACUGGGUGUGGACGAGCACGGAAGCCCUCUGUUCAGCAGCGAGAGAAAAACAAGUUGGUCAUCAGAGGUCCUUAAAUCAGGACCAAACUUCAGGGAUGAUGGUUCCUCACCAGCAGAACACAAAGCUCAGGAACUUGGGGAAAGCGAGACUAGUUCGGAUGAGGAGGAGAUUAUCACCACCAGGGUGACUCGCCGCAAGGUGAUUCUGAAGGGAGAGGACGCAAAGAAAGUUCCUGGAGAGAUGGUUACACAAGAGCGGUUCGUCGAUGACGAUGGAAAUGUGGUCACCAGAAAAGUAACCCGGACAGUGGUGAGUCGACUCGUUCUGUCUCCUGACAGGGAGCAUGAGGAUGAUGAUCUGCACGGGCUAGGCCGAGGUGCAGAGGAUGGUGCUGACUACUUUGGAAGUGGUGUCAUGGGAACGGAGCAGGUUGAAGGAUAUAAAGUUAUCAGAGUGAAAAAGGAGACUAGACAGGUUGAUAAGAAGACUCAUUAAUGGUCAGACAAGAUGCAAGAAAGGGUACAGAGAAGCAUUUUACUACUGCCAGUGUUCAGAAAGGAAAUGGCUGGAGCAGAGGAUGAGCGGACUGCAGAUGAAGUGUGUGCCUGCUGCUUUCACACAUUAAAGCAUGGUUUAGAUACAAGAGGAUAUUUUAAUUUAGCAUGAGCAACUUUAAAACCGCAUGGGAAAUCACUUGCAUUCGUUGAUCUGAAGAGGGUGUGAUUGGCGCUCCAUGGGCACUUGACGCACACCAUCGGUACGGGCAACUCUUCAAACUGAGCCGAGGAGUUUUUUUCUUUCAAUUUAGCGCCUUUGAUACAUUUCCUGUGACUGAGGAUGUUCACAGCAGAUCACAACACAUUGAGGUUCCAGCAAGGAGUGUACAAAUCACUUAUUACACACAGCAUCUAGCCUUAUAAUUUUCUUGAACCCAUGGUUUCAGGGUAUUAAACAAACCUACUUGCUUAUUUAAAAAAAAAAGAAAAAAAAAAGAAAAAAAUCAUCAAUGGUUUUGCUGUACAUAAAGAACUCUGUAAAAACAAAUAAAAAUAAUUCUGAUCAGGUGGCAUUUCUGGAAGCAAUGCAAACACACUAACAGCACCUCAACUGUUUUAGUGUCUGAUUCACGCUUUAGAAGUUGAUUCCACUUACUUAAAAUGUUUUGAGUGUGAAUCCACAAUUUCUUGUACAAUUAAUAGAAAAGGUAUAAUCUUUGUAUAUGCAAAAACACUGGCUUCAUUUUAACUGAGAUAGCUUUCUUUCAGACUACACUGCACAGUUCAAAAUGAUUUUCAAAAACAUGGGGGAAAACAAUGUGUAAUUCUACUGAGACAAAAGUAUUCUUAAAAACCAAAACAUCAAUAUUCCAAUGCAUGUGUCCCUCAUUUUAAUUAAACUUUCUUUUCUCCUGCAGUUUUCAGCCAUGGUGUUGGAAUUUAACACAAGAUUUAUCACACGUUUCCCUUUCAUUUUUCUUGCUUCUUUUUUAAAAAUAAUGAAACAAUCUUAAAAGAUGCCAUACAUAAUGCAAAGGGGAAGUGUUUCAAGUACUUGCUUCUAGAAGGGUUUAUUGCUUGCAAUUCAGUACUUGAACUAAUUCUCAUGCAGGCACAGUAUUGACCAACCAAGUUGGGACAAUGAGAACGUACACGCUUGUAGACUGGCAACACGGUGUAAAAUUAUUACUGUAUCAUGUGUAUUGGCGAUAAGAUGUAGAAGUCUUUCCAUAAGCCGAUCGUCUGUAAUCUUUUUUAGCAGUGUAAUAAUAGGUUGUUAAGGCCUGCUGUGGUUAAAAGGGCGGUCUACCAUUGAAUUUGGUGAAUUACUCUCCUUUGUUGAUUAUAUUCAUAUGAAAACAUUAAGCAGUCACUGAAGAUAGCUCUUAUAACUAUGUAUGAAAACAACAAAACUCCACUGAAUGAUCCAGUUGAUUAUUCAAGCAAAAAUAAAUUGUGUUCAAUCACUA